AUGAAUGUUAAAAGUAGUGGGAAUUCUGAAUAUGUUGGACCAUGUUCCAGUGGUAUGACAAGCUUAGGUGUGGUACCUGCACCUAUUCGUAAACGGCGUUUCAGCAGUGCAAAAAUUCAACCGACUCGAGUAAAACGGGUGAUGCAAAGUGAUGAUGAAAUUGGCCGUAUGGUUGCAUCUGUACCGGUAGCAGUUGGUCGAGCUAUGGAGCACUUUGCUGAAAAACUGCUUGAAACUGCUGCGCAGUGCGUUUUAUAUUCGUCGUCGCGCACUCUUUCUCCAUCACAUAUAAAACAGGCUGUAAUGCAAACUCCUCAUUUUAAAUUUUUGGAAUCACUGGUUCGAGAAAUACCUCUACCACCAUCAGCUGGAUCUGAAGUGCAUUGGAAAACUGAUUUGGCCGAUCAGCCUUCGUUUUCGGGUUUUUAUCCGCCAGGUCCGGCGACAGAUUCCUCCUGCCACAUGGGUAUAUCGAUGCUAGCGGCCCAAAUAGGUUUACCAAAAUUGCCAUCUAGUGGAAAUCUAUUGAGUACUAAAAGAAGACAAAGUAAUGGUGAAGUGGAUAGCAAUGAAACAAAGCCAAAAAGAGGCCGGCCACGAAAAAUGAAGAGAGAGGAAAAAUGCGUUGAUGACGACGAUUUACUUUUGGAUGAAAAGCCUUUGAGUCGUGUUACAGAUAUAAAUGAACUAUCAAAUGGGACAGUGCUUAGCGAUCGAGAGCUUAUGCCUCCUCCUAAUGUUUUACCGAUACGCAUUCUUGCAUCUACUGCAUUUAUGGAUAAUAAGCGGAACUCGCCAUCAACAAGUCUACUUUCUUCAUCGAAAAUGAAUAAUAAUAGUGAACAGAGGCAGUCAGCUGUGUAA